ACAUAAAACAAACAGUAAGACAACAUCAGAGUGCACACAAGAUUAUCACUGGAGAGUAAGCCAGUCAACUGUAAAAACUCACUUCUCCUGUCCAACUCACAGACUCAUUGUCGACUAUAUCAAUGUACUGUCGAUCUGUGGCACUGGCACCCCAACAAAAGAAGUCUGGAUCGGCUCUCUGUAUAAAAAAAUCCUAAUCUCUGAUCCUGACAUUAUUAUUCAGUAGGCAGUGUAGAGUUUAGGUGGAGCCAAUGGGUGAGGGGACCUGCCCAGAUCUGAUUACCUCUCUCCUCCGAGUGUCUACCCACUGCCUCUGAUAAAAGCCGGGCCCCCCAAGUAGCCUUGCAGUCCCAGAAUUCAUGAGCCACACCCGUUAAAGGAAGCUCCCCUCUAGAUCCCUUGAAGUCCCAAGAGUCUGUUACUUUUAGAGGCUGGAGCAGUAAGAGAUCUUUAUACUUAUGUCCACAACUUUGACUUUUUUAAUGUUCAAUAUUUUAUUAAAGCAAUUUAGCAGGAGCAAAGCAGACUUAAAUAAUAAUAAAAACAAAGCAAUAAUCAAAUUAUUUGAGUUAUACUUUUCUAUUUAAUGCACUCUGACACAAUGAUGAUUUUUUUCUAAUUUUUGGGAGGAGAGAGGUUGAGAAGAGACAAGUACAUCCAGACCUGAAGAUGCACUUAUCUCUGUUUUCGGUGUUGAUAAUAACAGUCCAACAGGAAACCAGAACCCUUGGAAAUUCAACCCCCCAUUGAAUAAAUUGGAAAUCCAAAUUUUCCCAAUGUUAUAAUCCACAGGAAAAUAGCAGUUGUAAUCUAGCAGGAAAACAAUGGAAAUCCUAGUGUUGUUUAGAUUUAUAAUCUAACACAGCAAAAAUGAACAAAGAAAAAGCCAAAAAACACAAAAUAGGUUUUUAAGUUCAGAGUUUGGGCAGCGGUUGAUUCCUCCGCUGUCUCUGCUGGAAUUUCAACUGUAAACUCCAAGAUCCAAGAGUUCAAAGUUUGUCUUCUGAACUGAAGACAAACACUCUGAAGACAAAGAGUGUGAGUGAGAGGCCUGUUAUUAAAAUCCAUCCAUCCUCUCCUGCUUAUCCUUAUCAGGGUCGCAGGAGCCUAUCCCAGCUACCAAAUGGCAAGACAGAUGGAUAGAUUGCUACUCUGUUGCAGGGCUAACACAGAGAGACAGGGAAUAAGCCAGAGAAACCGAAGAGAACACACGCAAACUCCACACAGAAAGGCCCCAGCUAGAUGGUGGAGUCAGACUUGCACCUUCUUGCUGUGAGGCAACAGUGCUAUUCGUUAUAUAGUUUAAACUUAUACCUGAUUAUAUUCUGACCAGUAUUAAGCAGUUAAGCAUGGUUAACGGUCUACGUAACCACACAUAAAUUAUAGCCCCUUUUCCAUUAGUACCUACUCGGCCGGGGCUCAAGCAAUCCAAGCAGGUAAUAAAUGUGACGUUGUCAGAUUGCACGCCACUGACUGGCUGGUCAGUGUCUCGUUCAAAAAAUCAAAACCACAAUUUUUGAAACUGGCAAUGAGGGAAAUGGCUCCAAAAAAAAACUGCUGUGUUCCCUGGAGUCUGACGAAAAGCCACAGCCCAAGUAGCAGGUAUACCGUCACCUUGAUGUCCACCUUUGGUGUAGCGUUUGUGUCGUAUAUUAAUUACGUCACAGGACGUGCAGAUGUGUUGCUAUGACGACAAGCACACACGGGGUAGUACUGGGUUGUAAUGGAAAACCAGUUGAGCUGAGUCGAGUCGUGUUGAUCUGUGGCUAGUCGAUCCGGGUGGGUACUAAUGGAAAAGGGGCUUAUGAUUCUGUUACAACAACAAUAGCAAUUACAACACACUUAAUACCAUUUCUCUUAGACUCUCAGAAUCACGUAUAACGAUAGGUUGGAGACACAGUGCCUCUCCCUUAGAGAUAGGGUGAUGAAUUCAGCCAUCCGGGAAAUGCUCAGAGUAGAGCCGCUGCUCCUCCACAUCAAAAGGACCCAGUUGAGGUGGUUCCAGCAUCUGACAAGGAUGCCUCCUGGGCGCCUCCUCAGUGAGGUGUUCCCAGCAUGUCCCACUGGGAAGAGGCCCCGGGGCAGACCCAGGACACAUUGGAGAGAUCGCAUGUCUCGGCCGGGUUGGAAACGCCUUGGUGUUCUCCCAGACAAGCUGGAGGAGGUGGCAGGGGAGAGCGAGGUCUCCCUGGCCACCCCUUCCACACAUGAAUGUUUGGUUCAGUUACUACCAGAGCCAUAAUUAUCUUGGCCUGCCAGUACCUCUUAGCUGCCUCCGGAGUCCCACAAGCCAACCAACCCUAAUAGGAGUCCUUAUUGGCUCAUUUCAACUCAGGUGUAAACACACUCUUAAACCAUGAGGAAAGCCUUCCCAGAAGAUUUGAAGCUGUUAUAGGGAAGAGGGUAGGCCAAUAUGUGAAAGCAGAUGAGUGAAUACUUUUGGCAAUAUCGUGAACAUUCUUGUAGACAUUACACAGUUUUGAAUAUAGAUAUAAUGAAGGCAAUGUGGGAUAACACUUUGAUGUUAACCUUACCAUUUUCCAAUAACAGCAAGCUAACACUGAUGUUAGUUCAAUGACUAAUCCUGAAAAUUUCAGCAUGUAGCAGCAGCUCAGUCAAACCAUAUAUUAACCUUCACGGGCAACUGUAUAAUGUCUGUAAUUGAUAAAUCUGUUUUCUAGCGGAGGGGAGACGAGUUACCCUGUUUAUUUAGAGUAAGAAAUGCAUACUUUAUUUGGAAAAGCAGUGUGGACUCAGCUUUCGACCCAAGACAUGUAUAAAGAAUGAAGCACAGCCCUGAGGAAGCUGUGUCAGUGGAAUCCAUCUGGCUCUACAGCAGCUCAGCUGUGAUACUGUUAAACAUCUGGAUGCCUGCAGCUCAGUGCCAACUUCAAGUAGAGCAUGUUCAUUAUGUUUAAUUGAAACAUGCAAACAGCGUUUUCUUAAAUGCAAAAAUAUAUAAAUAAUCUCAAGUAUAGUCAAAUGUCAACUACAUAAUCUAAACUAAGGCAUAAAAAUUUACCUUCAGUCUAUCUUUUUGGAAGGCUUUCUGAUGUUAUAGCGGACAUGUUUUUGUGCUGAAAACAGAUGUUAUGAUCAUGUACACAUUACUUAAUAUUAAUAUUAAUUCAGUGUCUAACCUAACAACCCUCAGGUCAGUGGCUCAGAGUUUAAUGGCCCAUGUACAUUUUACAUGUACAUGGACCAAGUACACCUUAUCCACCCUUUAGACUCACCCCUGUUUGCUGCAGGUAUCACUUCCAUAUACAAUAGAAUAGCUGCUGUCAGCCUUCAGCAAGCUGUAUAAUUUACCAAGUCUAGUAUCAGACUAAGUUAACAGGUCAUCUGCAUCUGCUUUAAUACAACUUCUGGAGGCUUACUGCAGAUUAUUGAAUAAUCAGGCCACAUUCUAUCUUAAUGACCUUAUAGUAUCAUAUCACCACAUUAGAGCACUUCGCUCUCGGACUGCGGGCUUACAUGUGGUUCCUAGAGUAUUUAUGAGCAGAAUGGGAGGCAGAGAGCCUUCAGUUUUCAGGUCCCUCUUCUGUGGAACCAGCUUCAAAUCUGGAUUCAUGAGACAGUUUUAAGCCUAGUUUUGAAAGUAGAGACAGUGUCUUUCCUUUUUGAUAAGCAUAUAGUUAGGGCUGGAAUCGGUGACCUGAUUCCUCCCUUAGUUAUGCUGUAAUAUGUGUAGAUUUGCUGGGGGAUUAUCAUGACGCACUGAGUAUUUCUUCUUCAGUCACCUUUCUCGCUCACUAUUUGUUAAUAGACCUCUCUGAAUUGAAUCAUACUUUUUAUUAAUCUCUCUCACUCUGCCACAGCAUGUCUUUUGUCCUGUCUUUCUCCCCUCACCCCAACCAGUUGCGGCAGAUGCCGCCCCUCCCUGAGCCUGGUUCUGUUCUAGGUUUCUUCCUGUUAAAAGGGAGUUUUUCCUUCUUACUGUCACCAAAGUGCUUGUCAUAGUGGGUCAUAUGAUUGUUGGGUUCUAUUAUCAUUGCGUUGUUGUAUUAUAGGGUCUACCUUACAACAUAAAGUGAGUUGAGGCGACUGUUAUUGUGAUUUGGCACUGUAUAAAUACAACUGAACUGAAUUGAAUUAUUCGCUGUAUAAAAUAAACAGGAGAAGCUACAAAGUUUUCUUUUCUUCUCGUUGGAGUUUUUGAUCAGGUGUUUUGAUGAAAGACUCCCGAUAGCUUUUUCCCAGUAAAGGUUUUAUUGGUGAUUACAGGAACAAGUGCUGCUGUAUUGGAUGCUAGAAACAUGUUUUCACUCACUCAAUUUGAGCUAACCAUCUUGGUAACAGCUCUGCCUCUUUACUCUCUAUGGUUUGUAAACAGACUCCAGCUCCAUGUUACACUAUUUCAACGUCAUCAGCACUGCUGCCAUUGUGUUUUCAGUGUUUUUGUUUUGUGUUUGGUUGCGUGGGCUUAACAUUGUCAGACUUUGUAUUCACUUGCUGCUCCUAAAUAUUUGUAUUGCAGGUCUGUUUUUAGGUGCAAAUGUAGGUGAAACGUUUAACAAAUCGAUGCACUAAAGAGCUGUGUGUUAAACGAUGCAUCAAAGUGAAACAUUUGUGUCCAAAAUUUUUUUACAUCAAAAUAUUCUAAUUACUCGAUGAAUCGUUGUAGCCCUACCCAAGACAGAACUUGUUCAUCUCAUUUUUUCUAGCAACCACCAUGAGUACUUGGUGCUUUGUAUUUUCUCAGUCCCAAAGGAAUACCAUGAUCUCCAUCUGGUGUUCAGUAAGGACAAAGCUCUGUCUCUGCCUCCACACAGCCCAUUUGUGCCAUUGACCUUCUACCAGGAUUCACACUACCCACCAGCAGUUUAUACAACCUCUCUCAGCCAAAAAAGAGAGGCCAUGGAAAAAUACACGGAAAUGCUUAGCAGCAAGAAUCAUCCGGCCAUCUUCUUCUCUGGUUACUGUUAGGGGUUUUUUUUAAUUGCCAAACCAAAAAACAUGACACUGAUGCCUUUUUUCCAUUUGUACCUACUUGGCUCAACUUAGCCUGACUCAACUUGUUUCGACUGGGUUUUUAGGGUUUUCCAUUAAGGGGUGCCACUUGGUACCAGGUACUUUUUUUUAGCACCUGUUCUGAUAGGUUCCAAGUGAUUUGAGUCCAUCCAAAAAUGUGACAUCAACAGACUCCAUGCCAUAAAUUGGCCAGUCAAUAGCGUUACUCGAUGAUUCAUGAGUGUGAUUCCUAUAUAGAAAUCAAAUACCACCAUUUUUGAAACCCGACAGUGAAGGAAAUGGCUGCACAAAAUCCAAGAUCGUGGUCCCCAAGUCUAACAACGAGCCAUAAACUUAGCAGAAGGUAUACCAUCUCAGCUCGAGUCGAGUCGAGCCGAGUAGGUACUAGUGUAAAAUAAGCUUAAGACCUUGUAUAUUACCAUGGAGUUAAUCAGAGCAGAUCACCAUUAAAAAUAAAUACCCACUCCCUCUCAUCAGCUCAGCAUUCAAACCACUACACAGAGCCAACAUUUUCAUAAAACUGGACUUGUCUACCACCUGGUUAGACUAACAGAAUGAUGGGUGGAAAACAGUUUUUAACACUCCCCUAGGACAGUUUGGGUAUUUAUUGAUGUCUUUUGGUUUGACUAACAUGCCUUUUAAAAACCAUGUGUUAAGCUAUUUCUUGGACAUCUUUGCUUUCAUAUACCUUGACAAUAUUUAGGUCUUGUUCAAAUCUCUCAGUAAACACUGCUGUCAUAUAAACCAAGUCCCCCAAAUGUCCUGGAGUAUUGACUGUACAUGAAAACUGAAAAGUGAGAAUUUCAUGUUUAACCUUUUAGGAAUAUGUGUUUAAGGGAUGCAGGUGAAGACAGACCUGGAGAAGACCAAGGCUGUAGAUGAGUGGCCUGUACCCAGAAGUAACUUCAGCACUUCUUAGGUGUGUCAGCUUUUACUGAAGAGCCCUCCAUAACUUCACUCAGAUAGAUACUCCACUCACCAAACUCAUCUCUCCCAAAGUUGCCAUCUCUCAGUCCACAGAAAUUGACAUUGCCUUCCGUCAACUUAAGGAGCUUUUCACACCAGCACCCAUCCUGGUCUAACCCAACCCCAAACUUUAGUUCAUUGUGGAGUUAAAUGCUUCUAGAUAGCGUAUGGUCACAACUCACUAAUGUCAUCUGAUACAGAACUCUUCCCAUUUGAGAUAUCCUUAGCUUACCAGCAUUCAUUAGUCCCAGCUCAGGAAAAGGAUUUGGUCACACCAUCUGUGCAGCAGCCCCUGCACAGAUGCCAAUGGAUUUGAAAACAUAACUGAAUCUCCAGCUCCCUGUUACCAUCCAAGGUCUGAAAGUUUGGUUGUCUGCAAGUUACACUGGCCACUAUGUGAUCAACUCUGUUACCAGCCCCACUACUGUCUGAGUAAAACAUUCUGCUUGCCUUAGAAUACAUCCCACCUUUCAUGUUUCCCAAAUUGAACCAUUUCUUUCAAGCUCCUUGUUAUACCUUAACAAAAGGAUUGAACAUUUUUUGUCAGUUAGUUUUCAAGCUGAAGUACUUGAGGCUGACAAAAAUAUUUGUUUUACAGGUUUUUGCAAAACAAAUGCUUCUGCAAAAAAAAGAAUCCUUGGAAAAAAUUUUAAAUUCAACCUGAUGAACAAACUAGAGGAAAUUCCAGGCUUGCACCAUUUGUAAACAUGAGGAUGACAGUUUGACUUAUAGCUGUCAAGACAAAUUGCUCUGUAGACUGAUCAAAUUGUCAUCCAGGUGACCCUGCAAUUCUCAGCCCCCAGUGAUUCCUCAAAGUACUCUUGGGUUCAAAAUAGUCAGUGUCCGUUCACCCUCUGUUCAUCCACUCCUUAUAAUAAACCUUCACCAGUCUUCACCUACCUGCGAGUCCUGCGUUUGGGUUCCUUCUUCCUCGCCUCCACACAAAACCUGACAGAAUGACACGACCCCGCGUUGUGGACCCAGCGGACUCGGAACCUUUUGAGCGGCAGGAGGCUGCGCUCCUUCGCUGGACGGAGGAGCUCAGGGGGAAACAGCGGCUCUUCGCUGAGAGAGAGCACGUCUUUGAGGGGACUCGUCUGGCUCUGGGCGGGCCUCGGAGAUGCCACGGUUCUCCACCUGCUGCCUCACCUGCAUCGGAGCAUUCGCCGCGGAGAGUGGGCGUCACAGGCCAAGCUUCGGCUGCUCGCUCUCCCGCCGCUCCGCUCCUCGCUCGCCCGCCAGCCGUUUCACUCACCGGCUCUUCCACUUCGCCACAGCACAGCGGCUAUGCCUCCCACCUCGGCUCAACGGAGGCUCCCGUGCCAGAGGCUCAGCUGUUCACCCUGCCCGCUUCCUCUUCCCGGAGAAAGCGGCGCACAUGCCGUCAUAAAUUGGACUAUUCUCAGCAACUCCCGGUGGUGAGUUCCAGUGACUGUUUUCCACACCCUUCAUCCAAUCGUCCACUCAAAACGCAUAACGGAAUCAUUUCUGAUUCAUGGGGAACUUCCCUCCUAGAGGAUGAAGUGGACUGGGAGGAUUUUUUCUGCUCUGCUCCCCCAAAGACUGUAAAUAGUGGUGGCAGAAGGACCAGAAUAAAACCCGAUAGACCAGUCAGUAUCACUCACCCAGUCAUUAUUUCCACUCCCAUCAGUCAGCCUACACCCACACCCGCUCCUGUUUCUCGGGUGGGGGUGACUGGUGUCCAGCUACCUCCCAUGCUUGUCCCAGCACCUAGGCUGAGGGCAGCCCGAAUCCAACCUGACCAUCCCAGAGGCCCAGCCGAAGCUCUCCAUCCAGUGCCCUCAUGCUCUGGAGGCUCGGAAGAGCUAGCCUGCUUACCAAUCAGUCCACCACUUCAUCCACCGCCUGAUCCAGCCUUUCACGCACUAGCUCUAUCCCUGGUUAGGCUAGCUGAGGUGUCCCCUGCUCAGGCACCAGCUUUAUUAGCCCAGGCUGUAGCUUUAUCUCCCUCACUAGCUCAGUCUAUAGCUCAGCCAUCAGCCACACCAAUCUCAGCUCCAUCGUCAGCUUCGCCUACCUCUGUUCAUCCCUUGGCAUCCCCACUCCAGUCAGUUCCCUCGCCUGCUGUCCAGCCUGCUCCAGUCCAGUCAGUCCAGCCUGUUCCAGUCCAGUCAGUCCAGCCUGCUCCAGUCCAGUCAGUCCAGCCUGCUCCAGUCCAGUCAGUCCAGCCUGCUCCUAUCCUCCAGUCCCCUGUAGUUCAGUCUCCUCCUGUCCUCCAGUCCCCUGUAGCUCAGUCUCCUCCUGUCCUCCAGUCCCCUGUAGCUCAGUCUCCUCCUGUCCUCCAGUCCUCUAUAGCUCAGUCUCCUCCUGUCCUCCAGUCCUCUAUAGCUCAGUCUCCUGUCCUCCAGUCUCGUCCUCUCCAGUCUUUUCCUGUUCCCCAGUCGCCCGUCCUCCAACCUGUCCAGUCUGUCGUCCAGUCAGUUCAGUCCGUCGCCCAGCCUUCUGUAGUCCAGUCACUCAUUCACCAUCCUGUUCAGUUCCUGGACCUGCAGCCACAGCAUCCAGAGCCAGCUGUGAGCUCUCCCGCUCCUCAGCCAGGGGUUUCCGCACCCGCUGGCCCGGCCGCUCCUCAGUCUCCGCCGGCUCCCACGCCGCCUCCCACGCCGCCUCCUGCAGCCGCUCCUCAGUCUCCGCCGGCUCCCACGCUGCCUCCUGCAGCCGCUCCUCAGUCUCCGCCGCCUCCCACGCCGCCUCCUGCAGCCGCUCCUCAGCCAUCUUCUCCUCGUCGCCGGCGUGGUCGACCACGGGACCAGGUCAGCGGCGGCCGCCGCCUUCCUCGCGGCCGCCCACCGGACCUGCUCAGCGGCGGCCGCCGCCUUCCUCGCGGCCGCCCACCGGACCUGCUCACGGCCGCCGCCGCCUUCCUCGCGGCCGCCCACCGGACCUGCUCAGCGGCCGCCGCCGCCUUCCUCGCAGCCGCCCACCGGACCUGCUCAGCGGCCGCCCCCGCCUUCCUCGCGGCCGCCCACCGGACUGCUCAGCGGCCGCCGCCGCCUUCCUCGCGGCUGCCCACCAGAUCGCCUCCAGCGUCACAGCCGGCCACGUGGCUGCCCACCGGAACCUUCUCGUCUCGGCCGCCGGCCACGUGGCCACCCACCUGAACUGCCCGCCCUGGGCCCCUCCGCCCGCCCUGUUCUGUUUUUCUUUCUUUUGGCCGUUGGGUGCCGGCCUUUGAAGGGGGUGGUACUGUCAGGUUUCCUGGGUCGCUGACCCAGUGAUUCAGUUCUGUUCAUGUUCAGUUUAGUUUGCCACUUUAAUGUUCUCACUUCCUGUUUGUCCCAUGUCAGCUUGUGUCAUUAGUCAGAUUAUGUUCAGCCCUGUACUCACCCGUUUCCAAUCAUUGUCAUCAUUCAACCUGUGUAUUUAAGCUCCUCGGUUUCACCAGUUCUUUGUCGUGUCAUUGAUGUUCUCGUGAUGUUAUGUUGUCGUUCCCGUUAGUGUUCUCCCAGUUCAGUCAGCCAUUCAGUUAUCCAGCCAGUCAGUGUCCGUUCACCCUCUGUUCAUCCACUCCUUAUAAUAAACCUUCACCAUUCUUCACCUACCUGCGAGUCCUGCGUUUGGGUUCCUUCUUCCUCACCUCCACACAAAACCUGACAGAUGUAGUCGCCUGAAAUGGUCUUCACGUAACAGGUGUGCCUUGUCAGGGUUCAUUGGUGGAAUUUUUUGCCUUCUUAAUGGGGUUGGGGCCAUCAGUUGUAUUGUGCAAAAGUCAGAUUGGUACAUAGUUGACAGCCAUAUUUGACAACUGUUAAAAAUUCAUAUCAUGCCAAGAACCAAUCAGCUAAGUAAAAAGAAAUAACAGUACAUCAUUACUUUAAGAACAGAAGGUCAGUCAGUCUGUACAAUUGAUAUAACUUGAAUGUAUCCACAAGCGCAGUCGCAAAAAUCAUCAAGGGCUAUGAUGAAACUGGCUCACACGAGGACCGCCCUAGGAAAGGAAGACCAAGAGUCACCUCUGCUGCUGAGGAUAAAUUCAUCUGAGUCACCAGCCUCAGAAAUCGCAA